UCAUCUCCUCUUCACCAUUCAAUCCAAACUAACUAACAUUUCACCAUUCCCACAAACAUUCCGUUAUUACGAUGCCCUCCACCACAACCGAUCACGGCGGCGCCGCCACCGAAAUCGCCGCCCUCCAUCCCGACAUCAUCCAAUCCCACAUCCUCAACCGCCUCGACGGCCCCACCCUCGCCUCCACCAGCUGCGCCUCCGCCCAGCUCCUCUCCCUCUCCUCCGACGACCUCCUCUGGCGCCAUAUCUGCAACUCCACGUGGCCUUCCACCGCCCACCCCACCGUCCGCGCUGCCAUCUCCUCCUUCCCCUCCGCCCACCGCUCCUUCUACUCCGACUCCUUCCCCUCCGUGUCCUCCACGCGCCGCCGCCGUACCUCUCACGCGCCGCAAACGCAAUUACUGAUCUCUGCUAUCGACGUCUAUUGCGACGACAAAUUGAUCUAUUCAAAGGUGAAGGAGACAGACACCCUCUCCGGCUGGUUCCAGAGCUCCCCCUUCCGGAUCGACCUCGUCGAUCCGAAGGAGGCCGUGAACGCGCCGCUGAAAUUCGACGGCGAUGACGGCGCGUGCAUGGAACUCGCGAGGGCGCGUCUGAGGGUGAGCUGGAUCCUGAUCGACGCGCGGAAAAAGCGCGCGGUCAACAUCGCAAGCGCCGCCGCGGUGGAGGCACGGCGCCACUGGCUCACCGAGGACAUUCAGCUGCGCUACGCCACCGUCGUCGACGCCGGCGACGGGGAGCUGGUGCAGUGCGCGGCGUUGCUCACCUUCGGCGGGAAGGACGGCGGCACGUUUCAAAUUAGAGAGAUAAGUAUGCAAAUUGAAGACAUGGAGGGGAAAAUCCUCACCGGAGCCCACAGUUUGGGGGUAAUUGACGCCGCCAUGGACGGCCGGAGAUUGAGGAGUGAGGUGAAGGCGCAGAGUGAGGCGUUUGAGAUGUUUUUGAGGAUGAAGAUACAGUCUAGAGAGAGAAAGCAGAGGAGAGAGAGGAGCUUGGACAUGGUCUGCAUAGCCGCCGGAGUUGCUAUUUUCGUCGGGAUUUGGGCGUUUGUUUUGUCAAGAUGAAAAUUAAAUUGAAUUUAGAUAAAAAAAAUACAGUUAAAACGGGUAAAAUAUUCGGAAAAGUAUUGUGGAGUAUUCAUUUUUUUUGGGGUGUGAAGAUAAAGAUAAGAUUGAUUAUUAUUUUUAAUGAAACCCACCAGCUAAUUAAGAUCGUUUGGUGCGGUCACGAAUCAUUAAUUCGUGGUUUGAUAUUGUAUUAGUAUUUCAUUAUCAAGUCAGAAAUUAAGUUUAUGUGAAAAGGAUUUAUGCCAAA